GUUGCUCCUGGACAUGACAAGUUCUGGAUAAAUAAUACAUUGAACUUUGCAGUCCUAUUCUUUUGAAUUCGAGAGUUUGCUGCUUUUAACGUUGAUUUUUAGUUUCCAGGUAUCAGACUCAAGUGGUCAUCGGUGAUAUGAUGGAUUUUCUUCAGAUUAUAAAUCUCUUCUCUUAUGAAAAAUUGCCUAAACUUUUGAACGCAUAAAAUUGGCUUUUAAUAUUUAAUAGAUACUAGUGUUAAAUAAAUAUCAAACAUGAACUUAGGUGGGACGAUACGAGUCAACAAAAUAGGGUUUUGUAUUAUAUGCUGUAUAAUAAUAUUGUUCGUGAUAUAUUUAUCGCCUCCGAGGACUUCUCAGUCCAAGCCGAUUGUAAAUAUAAAAACGCUUUUAUUGGCGGCGAUCGAAGCUGCUGAGAGGGGCGGCGAAGAGGUCGUCAGAGCGUUGAACGAUACGAUCGUUAAACAUAGCAAAGGAGAGACGAAGGAAGGCGUCAACAUACCGGUGACGAAUGCAGAUUACAAGUCUCAUUGCGUCAUGUAUUAUGGAAUAAGAGAAAUAUUUCCAAAUAUUAAAGUAAUAUCAGAAGAGGAAGAAGAGAAAAGGAAUUGUGUUAAUUUAUUACCAUUGGAUAUUGAUACAUCUAGUACAAAACUGCCUGAUCUUCCCGAUGAGAAAGUUGACUCCAGCAAAUUAACGGUUUGGAUUGAUCCUUUAGAUGCAACCAAAGAAUACACCGAAAAGCUUUUCAAUUUUGUUACGACAAUGGUUUGUAUCGCUUACGAAGGGAGGCCAAUAAUCGGAGUUAUACACAAACCCUUUGAAAAAGUUAAAAAAACCCAUUGGGCUUGGGUGAAUAAAGGAAGCUCAUUUGUUAAUAAACAAAUUAAAGAACAUAAUGGCCCAAAUAUUGUGAUAAUUUCACGAUCUCAUGCGGGCUAUGCCAGUGAAAAGGUUAAGAAAUUUUUUGGAACGAAUACAAGACUCUUCGAAGCAGGUGGUUCAGGUUACAAGUCGUUGGAAGUUGCUGUGGAAAAUGUAACAGCGUACUUUCACACGACAGACAUAAGCAAAUGGGAUAUCUGUGCUGGAGAUGCAAUUAUCACUGCUCUUGGUGGACGUUUCACGGAUUUAAACGGCAACGAAAUCGACUAUUCCUCUCGUGCUGACACUCUGUUGAAAACGGGAGUGCUUGCUGCCCCCUUGAAAAAGCACGUGGAGGUUUUGAAAAGAAAGCAAGGAUCAUUAGACUGAUGUUAAAGUAUUUUAAAAUAAUGCAAAUGUUAUUUUCUUAACUCAAUUUUAUAAAUUUCUCUCUUUUAAUGUUUUAAUUACAAUUGCACUAUUGCAAUUCUGUAGCUCAAUGGAUUUGAAAAUAAAUGUAAAUUUUGAGUUGAGAAUAUUGA